CCCGAGAGCGACGCGAAGGAGUUGCUGCUGCCCUGGCUGGUCACAACCCCCAUGAACGGCGGCUGCCGCGGCUUAGCGCUCAGGUCGGGAAGGAGGACUGCCUCUGCAUGGCCCCCGGUGUUGAUAUGACUACUGUACAUCUCGGGGUCAAAAUCGAGGAGUCUCCUGCGUCUGCUUUCAGCAAGCCCAGCAGCUGCAUCCAGGCGAGCGUGGCGGCGAUGGGAGGAGAGGAGGAGAGUGACAAGCCCAAAAUGUCCCCCCCAUCCCUCCUGCCUUUUAGCGUGGAGGCGCUCAUGGCUGAUCACAGGAAGCCGGGGGCCAGAGAGAGCAUCGCCACCAGCCCCGAAGGGGCAGUGCCCCUGGCUGCUGGGACUUCCACUCAUCAGACCCUCAGUCCCAGGGUGGGAUCCUUAUCGGUGGCAGCAGAGACGCCGGCUUCCCCGCUACCGAUCAACAGCCAUUUUUCUGUCGGGGGACUAGUAAAAUUGCCCGAAGAUGCACUUGUCAAAUCGGAAAGCCCCGAGAAGCAAGAGAGGACGGCCUGGAUGCAGAACCCCAGGUUCUCCCCACCUCCCCCUAGGCGGCUGAGCCCCCCGGCCUGCACCCUGCGCAAGCACAAGACCAACAGGAAGCCUCGGACCCCGUUCACCACGGCGCAGCUGCUGGCCCUGGAGAGGAAGUUUCGGCAGAAGCAGUAUCUGUCCAUCGCCGAGCGAGCGGAGUUCUCCAGUUCGCUGAGCCUCACCGAGACCCAGGUGAAGAUCUGGUUCCAGAACCGGCGCGCCAAGGCCAAGAGACUACAGGAGGCCGAGCUGGAGAAGCUGAAGAUGGCAGCCAAGCCCAUGCUGCCUCCGGCCGCUUUCGGCAUCUCCUUCCCUCUGGGCGGCCCGGCGGUGGCGGGCGCCUCCCUGUACGGAGCCUCCAGCCCUUUCCAGCGGGCAGGGCUGCCCGUGGCUCCCGUGGGACUCUACACGGCUCACGUGGGAUACAGCAUGUACCACCUAACAUAGAGCGCAGCGGGGCGCAAGGAACCCACCCGACAGCAGCCUGGUUGGGGCGCCCCCUCCCUCAAAAGCCAGCGGGCCAGCUCCUGUC